AUGGCCGCGACCACGGCACCUGCCCGACAACUGUACGGGGGCGGCGGCUUCGACCGCCAGCACAGGCUUCUGCAGCUCGACUGUAGUGCGGACCUGCGACACUAUUCGCGCAACCUCGGGCCCGGCGUCCAAGAACGCAUCUUCCAGACCACGAGCGACGCAUUGAGAUCACAGCUAGAUGAGCAUCGCGACUUCCUACUCCGGCAUCAGGGACAGCAGCAGCAACAACAGCCGCAGCUGGCGCCGGCGCCGGUAGUCAGUGGACCACCGGUAACCAGCAUACCUCGACCCUACAAUUCGCACCCAAACCCGCCGCCUCGUCUGCAGUCGGCUGCUCCGCGACCCAUCCCGCCGCGUAAACCCAUACCCGGCGAUGUGAGCACGUACCCGAAAGCCCUGAGCGAGGCUGUCUACUCGCAGAAAGCCAGGGCAGCCAUGGGUCAGCCACACGACGCGAGGACGGUAUACCACAUUGUGUGUCGCACCGAGAAGCGCUACUCAAAGGAAGAGACGGUCGUCGUGGGCUCGUGCAGGAGUAUGCUGGCUGCCAACGAAGUCGCAGCGAGGUACUUUCUCGAGAAAUGCCUUGGCGACGGCGAUGAAGCCAAAUACAAACAGCUGAUUACUGGGGCCGUGAGCUGUGAGGUGCCGAUUGACAAUGGACGCAGGACAGUGUAUACGCAGGAGGGACGGCUGGAGUGA